CAAACCCUUGGCGAGGCAUGCCCCGUAGCCGGAACGGAGUGAACGACACAACCAACCACCUUCAGCCCAAGACAAGCGCCUUAGUCGUCGUCGGGUGGGUUGGCCCUUUUGGAAUUAUUCGGCCCAGCUUCGUGUUGCUUGCCCUCCUCACCUUGGAUCCCAUCAUCUCUACGAAAAAUCAAACCUAAAUCCAACGCUGCUAGUCUGUUGUUUGGUUUGAUCAUCCACACUAGCUCAAUCGAGAUUGUAACUUGACGUUUCUGCCCGACCUUUUUUGUGGUUUUAUCUUGGGCUUGCAACAACGUCUGCCUGCCCACAAAUGUCAACGCCUGCGCCGCCAGCAGCGCGCUUGUUUGCGGUCGGCCCCAGCAUGCGCCUCAUGUCGUAACAAACUCAAUCCCCUCGACUCCUUGCCACGAGUCGAUUGCACUCUGUGUGCCAAACGACGUCGGAGAGCGUCGCCAUUUGCAUCGUCAUCAGAUUAUUCAAGAAAAAAAAGACCCCCCUUGGCUGUCGCCCCCAGCUAGCUUCCUUGGUACCCGUCCCUCCCGUCCCACCGAAGCCUUAUCGACCCGCCGAGGGCAGGGUCUGGCCCCGGUUGGCAAAUAGAUUAUUUCCAGAGCGCGCCUUAAGGAAUCUCGCGAUUGCAUUCGAGACCUCGAGGUUCCAAAUCAUCUUCUAAUCGACCGGCGGGAUCAGUCGUUCUUUUGUUUGGUUUUGAUUUUGGGUUUUCUCUCCCUCUUUCUGUAACCCUCUUGCCUCGAAGGCUUGACCUUCAGCUGCGUGGCCUCCGAGCGGCGCAAAAGGUUGACCCUCGACGAGCUUCCUUUCCACGUCUCUUUACACAUAACUCUCUAUAUCGCCAUUCCUGCAUACAACAGCCGCCAUGUAUCCAGGAAGUAGCCAAUCGCGGCCCUACCAGGUGCCUCCGCCGCCGCCCAUGUCGCCGCCGCUGUCUCAGAUGCACCAGCAGAUGAGCUUCGUACCUCCUCCACCCCCUCCGUUGAACCGAUACCAAACAACCCCCAACCUGGGUGCGAGCGCUCCGCCCCCUCCUCCUCCCGGGCCUCCUCCGGCAAGUGCACUGAACCCGCAAGCUCCGUGGAAUGGGGCCUGGGGUGGUGUCCCGGCGCCUAGACAGGCUUACGACAACAGGUCCGGCAUGUACGCUCAGGCGCCUAUCCAGCAAUAUAACCCCCAGGCCCACGCUGCCACCGCGCCAGGCCUCAACAUACCACCACCACCGCUACAGACCGACGCCCCGAUGUCGGAUACAUACAAUCCUGGACAAGAUCCUAUGUUUGAUGGUUUUAUGCCGGAUUUGAGCUUCGAUUUGGAACAGGAAACAAUGGGAUCUUCGCAGACCUGGCAGACAACGUCUUCAUCGUCCACGAAUACCGCGUCGGUCAACGAUAAUGUUCAGUCAAAUGCUCCCACAGAGGAGAGAACACGGAGAAAUAAUUCGGCAAGCAUUACGGGCACCCAGUCUAGCAGUAAUGUUCCUGGCAUUCCUAGCGACAUAACCGCCUCAUGGUCCCUUGAUAAAGUCAUCGCCUGGCUCCAAAUGAACAGUUUCUCCCGGGACUGGCAAGAAACGUUCAAGAGCCUCAACAUCCAUGGCGCUCAAUUCCUCGAGCUGGGGAGUGGACACUUUGGCCGAGGCAACUUUGGCAUGAUGCAUCAACAGGUGUAUCCCAAACUUGCCAAAGUGUGCACGGCAAGCGGAACUGGUUGGGAUCAGCCACGGGAGCGUGAAGAAGGAAAACGGAUGCGGCGCCUCAUCCGUGGACUCGUCCACGCCCGAGCCGUACCAGACUCUGCCCGGGUCCCAAGCUCCCAUGGAAGACAAGGAUCCAUCAAUUCUCGCGGGAAUGACAAGGGGACACACGAUGGCAGCGAUUCUCCCAAUACACCCAGUUCUCAGUCCCGAUCAACCACGAUACCCACGUUCCCCGAUGGUUCCUCGUUCUCCAACCACAGGGGCGUACUCAAGAACAUCGACAUCGAUCGCCAUAGCAGCCCGAAAUUGAAUGGGGAUAGUCCUGCCGCCAGUCCGAACCCAGUAAUGGCAUCAUCAACUCCAAAAUCAUCAACAUUGUCUGUAUCACCACAUUCAAGCAGGUUCGGCAACAACGUGAGAAAUAGUACCGACUCGGUCAAAGCUAUAUAUGGCUCCGGUAUACCUGCAGACGCGCAAAAGAUGAUGAGCAACAGCAAUCUUGACGAACUCAUCAACGGCCGUGGCGCACGGCAGUCUCCAUCCGACUUGGGUGAUAACUCGGCCGGUACCGACUCGCCUGUCAGCGCCAGAGACACCAAACUACCGUUCAGACAACGCAUGCAGGCUAAAGACAUAGACGGCAACCUAUCUUCGCCCAACGGCGAAGGGUCACUAAGUCCACAGAUGUAUAGGAACGGUCUUGGUCUGGACGACUACCUACGGUUUAAAAAGCCCGGCGGCAGCAUCUACCUUAUGGCGACGGCUGACGGCUGGAACUAUAGAGUGGUGGAUGUGACGGACGUCGAGACUGUUCUUGACCUGAGAUCUGAGAUCAGUAGAGGCUUGGGCAUUCCAGAUGAAGAUGGGGUUGAGUUCUAUCUCACUGAACUUGGGAAGAGCGAUCACAGCCAGCCGUUGGACGAUAAUCAGUUAAUGAACCACAACAAGUCCAGAGCUGACGCAGAAGGCACGCUGAAACUAUUUGUCAAGCCCCCGCCAAUGUCACAACAGUCCACAUGGUCGGCUGGGGACACUGGGCAACGACACAGAUUUGGCACCUCGUCUUCCAUGUCGAGACAGCAGAACACUUUGAAGGAUGAUCAAUCAGAAGAGGCACGCCUUAGAGCCCAAAGGGAGUACAAAGCAGAGAUUGACCGUAAAGGGCGGGAAUAUCUUGCUAUACGUAAGGCUAAACUUGAAAGCAAUAACAAUGGGCUGAGCUCCUCGACCGAGGGUAUUGGAAUUGUAGGCAAGCCGGUCGAUUUCGAUACCCCUCGCCACUCUCCCUACGAGGACAAAAACACAGACAGGAUGUUCCCGACCCGUAAUGCUCCUGCUCCACCAGUUGCCCCCUCAGCCACGCUGAACAGGGUGAACUCCUUGAUGACAGGCCAAAGAAGGGUUCAGGGAAGUAUGGACGGUUAUCCCUCUCAGCGUGUACCUCCAGGUGUGGGAACGACUACUUCGCCCAAAGAAAUGUCCGAGGACCGCCGAAGACAACCAAUGUCUGGCUCUCAGCCCAUGGGAGGCAUUACCAGCGCCCUGGUGGACAUGGGCAGAAACCUGGGUGGAGUUGCUCUUCCCAACAGAGGCGUCAGUGCAAAUAAUGUACCCAGCAAACCUUCACCCCCCUAUCGCGUUGCGACUGCCCCAGUUAGCGGCCGAGACUUCGUGUCACCUGACAAUCGAGCUGCUUUCCCUCGCUCGCAAACCGCCGGAGAUUUAUCUCCCAUCUCCCAGAUGCCCGCCAAUUUCGCGGCCUACCAGGAGCCGAACCCGUCCCCACGAGGUUUCGGCGCCGCUCCCGUCUCGUCGGCGGCCCACAAGAGGGCACCGUCUGGUCCUGAUAUCGAUUUCACGGAACCCGAGGUUUCCUUCGACAGACCAGCGCCGUCCACGGCACAAAACGAGGCUCAGUCUGACGACGACUCAGGCGACGACUCUGACGAUGGCCUGUUUGUUAUUCCUAUUGCGGCCCGCAAAGCCUCGAUGAAGAAAGCAAAAUCACGAGCCUCUGUGACUUUCGACGCCUCCGACAGUGGGGAUGGGAAGCGGCCAGCUCUCACUGUCAACACCGCCAGGGAUCGAAAAUCGGUCUCCUUCAACUCGCCUCAGUCCGCCCGCACUGGCGAUGAUGACGAUGAUUCGGGGCGGCAGAGGAGGACGCCCAAGUCAGAUAUGUGGGACUCUGAGGAUGGCAAGCUGGGAAGACGGAAAUCUUUCAAGAUGGAUGUGUGGGCCAACCGUCCUCCAGCUGAAGCACUUAUCAACAACCUCGAGGAUUUCUUCCCCGGAAUGGAUGUUGAUCAGCCGGUCCUCGAAGAAGGGGACCAAGAGCAAAAUAUUGAUGGGUCACCCGUGGCACCUUCCCCCAUCGCCGAGGUUGACGAGACACAGUCACCUGGCCAUUUACAGAUCAACGCUACGCCAUUGAACUCUCUUCCUCCGUCGAGGGUGCAAUCAAUGUACAACGAAAGUGACACGCUUGGCUCUGAUGAGUCUACGCUGAAGGCGCUCGAGCGCCCACCGAGCUUCCAGAGCCUGGCUCAACGCAGCGUGCGGCGCUCCGGCGGUCUCGGAAGAAUGAAGUCCAUUCGAGAGAAGGCCAGAGGUGCACACGAGGCGCAUAAACGCUACACCCAGACGUCGAUGGCAGCACCGCAGGGUUUGAGCCGCUCAGGCGGUACUCCUGCCACUGAGACCCAGCCCACCCAAAACAACUCGUCGGCGCUGUUGCGACGCAAGUCUACCAAGAUGUUCAAUGCAAACAUUGUACAAAUUCGACCCAACAGGGACUCGAUGCUGGUGCCAGACAUCCCACAGGAUUCAAUCUCGUCCUCGUCGCGGGGAGCUCCGAAGCACCCGACGACUUUCCGCUGGUUCAAGGGUCAACUGAUUGGCAAGGGUACGUACGGACGAGUAUACCUGGGUAUGAACGCCACUACUGGUGAGUUCUUGGCUGUCAAGGAGGUCGAGGUCAAUCCGCGGGCCGCAGCCGGUGAUAAGAAGCGCAUGAAGGAGCUUGUCGCGGCUCUUGACCAAGAGAUUGAGACGAUGCAGCAUCUGGACCAUGUGAACAUUGUGCAAUACUUGGGUUGCGAGCGGAAGGAAACGAGCAUCUCAAUCUUCCUAGAGUAUAUUUCUGGUGGCUCCAUCGGGUCAUGUCUGCGCAAGAACGGCAAGUUUGAGGAGUCGGUGGUACAAUCCCUCACGCGGCAGACGCUGUCAGGCCUGGCCUACCUUCAUCGCGAGGGUAUCUUGCAUCGUGAUCUCAAAGCGGACAACAUCUUGCUCGACGUGGAUGGCACAGCCAAAAUUUCUGAUUUUGGUAUUUCAAAGAAGACGGACAACAUUUAUGGCAACGACAAGUCCAAUUCUAUGCAGGGCUCCGUGUUUUGGAUGGCACCCGAGGUUAUCCGGUCGCAGGGCGAGGGAUACUCUGCAAAGGUGGACAUUUGGUCGCUUGGAUGCGUGGUGCUUGAAAUGUUUGCGGGUCGCCGGCCCUGGGCCAAAGAGGAAGCCGUCGGUGCGAUUUAUAAGAUCGCGAACGGUGAAAUUCCACCUAUUCCGGAAGACGUGCAAGAUACCAUCAGCCCCAUUGCGGUGGCUUUCAUGAUGGACUGCUUCACAGUCGAUUCCCACGACCGACCAACGGCAAACAAGUUACUAUCACAGCAUCCGUUCUGCGAGCUCGAUCCGAACUACAACUUCCUUGACUCGGAACUAUACGCCAAGAUCAGAGGGACGUACUGAAUGAUUGUCUACGAGGCUCGCUGUAUAUUGGGACUAUAUAAUAUUAAGCAUGUACACACUUGGCAUAAUCAUCUACGAGUAAUAAGAGCUUUUUGGGUUCUUGCGUUGCUGGAAGCGGAGGUUCCGGGCGUUCAAGUGGCCUGGACAUAUAUGUUUGCAUCCGGAGAGAGGACCCCAAAAUGAUGCCUGGGUUUUGGAUAUUUGAGACGAAGUGUUAUUCGUGGUUUUCCUGGCUGUUUAUUUGGUUAUUUUUUGUCUCGGUUGUGAGCACGAUAGACAAGCGAGCUCUUGCGGACUGGUCGGUUAAGAGGAAAACAUAUGAAAGCUUUCGAGCAACCUGACACCAUUUUUACAACAGCUUGUAGAAGCCCUGUCAUUUGUGCGUGGUGUUUAGAUCAAC